ACCGAUGAGCGGUGGAGAAGGUUGGCAAGUAGUAUGGUGGUUCACGAUGAACUGAUGCGAAGUUGAGCUGGUGAUGACAAGGACAAGGGCAGCAACAGCGCGUCAAGAAGCUGCACUGAGGAGACACGCGCCUUGGGCGGCCAAUUGCUGGGCGUUGGGCGGCUGAAUGGGAGGGUCCUUGCUAUUACGGUCCUUGGUAUUGUUAUGGCACGAGAGCUGCAGGUUCAUGUGGAGGAGCGAAUGGACGGAUGGAAAGGUGGAAAGAUGGAGGGAGGAUGGAAGGGAAGCGGGAAGAGUGAAGCGAGAACGUGGAGGUGCGGAGGAUGGAACAUCUCUCUGCUGCUCUCUCCUAUCUCAUUCUGUUGCUAUUCUAUCUGAUUCUCUCGUUAAUAUUGUGACGAAGCCACAUUACCGUAUUCUGAAGCUGAAGUCGGGCUCACCCGUCCCUGGGCUCACCCGUCCCUGGGCUCCCCAUCGCAGCAUUGACAACAAUACUCUCUCCACCACCAUCGAUCAUCGAGUCGAUGGAAGAGGGAUGCAUGGAGAAGUGGGAUGUUUGUUUUUUACUCUGCCAGCAGCUUGACAUGUCCAAUCGCCUUGCUGGACAUGCACCACCAUCCGGG